GAAAUGAACAAGCCACUGUCUGAUAGGGUGACUUUCGGACAACGGCUUUGACUUUGGCAAGUGAGCCAGAAAUAAUUCGUUUCAUAUCCGCAGCGAGUCAAGCACUACAAUAUGGUCUUAGACUACAUUACGGAAAAGAAGCUUCGUCCUCUUUAUGAGGCCAUCGACGAAGGUCAAUAUAAGCUAGCUUUACAAAAUGUGAACAAGAUGCUUAAGAAGAGUCCCGAUUGGCCAUUGCUCAAAGCGCUCAAGGCCGUAGUCCUUGUUCGCACCGGCAAGCAAGAAGAGGCCGUGGACUUGUGCACUCAGGUCAAAAAGGCAAUGCCGAUCGAUGACGCUACUCUUCAAGCGGCCAGUAUGGCCUACAAGGAAUUGGGUCAACACCAGGCCGUCGUUACCCUUUACGAAAACGCAGCCAACCAACAGCCACGCAAUGAAGAGUUUGCUAACCAUUGGUUUAUGGCCAUGGUACGCAACAACGAUUACAAAGGCCAACAACAAGCUGCCCUGAAGCUCCAUCGUACAUUCAAGCAAAACAAAUACUUGUUCUGGGCCAUCAUGUCGUUAGCUCUGCAGGGACAAGGAGGGAAUAGCUUAUCAUAUACCCUUGCCGAGCGCAUGAUGGCUAAAGCGCAAGAAGACGGACGAUUAGAGGAGGUCGAGCACUUGCGGUUAUUCUUAUUGAUUUACUUGGAUCAACAACGUUAUGAUCAAGCAUUGGCUCUGCUGGAUACACCUUUGGGUCAAAAAUCGCUGCGUGAUCCCGAAGUGAGACAGAUUCGAUCCGAACUUUUGCUGAAAACCAAGAAAUGGGAAGAUGUGCUCGAAACGAGUCAGCGUGCGCUCAGCGAAGAGAACUCGGACGAUUGGAUUAGCUGGUUAGCUUACUUUGAUGCGGUGAACGGACUCCUUGAUCAGGAAAGUUCGGAGGAAAUCCUAGAAAAGGCCGUUGAAAUGAUUGGUCGUCUCAAGGAGACAGCCCUGAAAGCUGCUGUUCUCAAGCGUGGGCCUUUCUUGGCUGAGCUGGAGUGGGAUCAUCGCCUUAAUAAGCGCCAAAAUAGAGAUCAAACUCUUACAUUGGAUCAUAUCGUCGCCUAUUUUGAUCGCUUUGGUUCCAAGAGCUGCUGCUUCGAAGAUUUGCAAACAUACAUUGCUUUUCUCCGUGCCACACCUGAAGCAGCUAAAAAAUUCAUCCAAACGCUCCAAAAUAGCAUUAAACCAGCGACAGAAAAGUCUGCUCAGGUGAAGAAUGUGUACAAGAACAUCACCAUAAGAAAGUUGGAGCACUUCUUAGAUUUACAUGCCGGUUUGUCACUGCCUGAAAGCUUGCAACUUGUCAACGCAUUAUGGCAGGCGUAUGAAGAUGCCCUUCCUCUUGGACAAGGUUUGGAAAAGACCGAAAGUCAAUAUGGCGAUGAAUUUGUGCUUUUAGCGAGCCAUAUCCUUUACGACAUGUAUCAGCAACAUAAGCAUACUGCCUUGGUCAUUCAAGCCAUCACUCUGCUGGAAACUGCGCUCCGAAGAAGCACCUAUAACUUUCAGCUUAAGCUGACUCUGGUGCGAUUGUAUACGGUCUUGGGUGUUUACACUCGUCCCUUGCAGAUUUUCGCUACCAUGGAUAUCAAGCAGAUCCAAUUUGAUACGAUGAUCCAUUAUUUCACAGAUCGAUUUAUCGCGUUGGGUGCUAUGGAUCCGCUGGAAGAGAUGUUGUACGAAUCAAUGAUGAUUUAUAAAAGCAAUGAAGUGGAGACACCGGAAAUGCUCGUCAAAGCCUAUCAGUAUGGCACAUUUUCCAAGAUUCAAGAAUUUAUUGAGUUCCGCACUCGGUUGGACAAGUCCCUGCAACAUGCCAUUACCAGAACUGAGUUGGCCCGUAUUGAAGCUUUGAACUCCUCUUUCCAAGUCAAAUACGGUGUACAAUACUUCCAGGAACUGGAUAUCAAUGAAAUUAAGUUUGAUGACGAUUUCAUUCAAACACGUUCGGAUAAUCGAGAUUUCAAGGUCAUGAUGAACUGUAAUUCGGAUGAGAAACCUGCCUUGCAGGAAAUGAUGAAGCCGGCCUGUAGUUCCAAUAAAAUUUGGCUUCAAACUUUCUCGUAUAUCCUCAAUAUUAUCAAGGCAGCCUGCGACACUAAACAGGCAGCAGAUUUGGCAUCGUUGAUCCAGGACUUUACGGCGUUUCUGAAGCGUGACGAUCUUCAAAACAAUAUUACCAACGAGGAAAUAUGGUUGGCACAAUUGAUUUGUUCCAUGGGUUCAGCCCUACUUCUGCUUCAGGAUCAAGUGAAGCAAGGAAACAAUUCUGAGGAAGCUGUAUCGUUUUUGAAACAGGCGUCCGCCCACUUACAAAAACAGAGUUCAACCAGUACAUUGUUUUCAGGAAGUCACAUUGAAUGGCAACAAUUCCAUGUGUUAUCCACCUUGCUCGAAGGCUUCAACUAUGGUAGUAUUUUAUUGGAAAUGAUUAACCGAGGAUUGGGCCUUACGAGUAAAGAAGCCAAGAGGAAAGCAACGGAGAACGCUGAUAACAAUGCUUUGCUGGCAUGCAUUGUAGAAUUGCAUAGCGAUUUGAAGACCUUCCUGCACGGCGUACAGUCACAAGCCAAGUCUGGCAAAGAGAUGUUGAAACCUCAGCUUCAAAAGAAACUCUACAAGUCAAUUUUGGAUUCUGAGUUCGCGCUGGAAUGCUUCACAAAGAAGGAACAUCAAAAUGCCCUUAAUGACCAUACGAAGAUAGUCGUCAAUAGUUGGGGAACAUCUGUUAGCCGGUUAAGCGAUGAGAUCGAUAGACGAGUACAAAAAUUCCAAUAGAUAAGGCACAAUUGAAAUGGGAUAUGCUUGCUUGACCGCCUUGCACAUGAUAUAUUUGCGCAUUAAUU